AUGAGAUCAAAUCCAAAUAGGCACAAUCCUGAUCACUGGUGUGAGUUUCACAAUGACCAUGGUCAUAAAACAGCAGAUUGUAGACUGUUACAAGGUGAGGUGGACCAUUUAUUAAAGCAAGGGUAUCUUACCGAACUAUUUAGCAAAAAAGGUAAGCAAGCAUACAUGAAGAACAGGCAGGAGCCUCCCAAACCUCCUUCUCCGAAAAGGACCGUUAAUGUUAUAAGUGGAGGCGAAGAAAUUAACGGCGUGACAUAUACAGCAGCCAAGAAAAUUUCUAAAGUUACAGUUACACACGGGAAGCGGGUUCGACAUGUUCUGGAGGAAGAAAGUAUUACAUUUGAUGAUGCAGACGCGGACGGCGUGAUAACCCCCCACAACAAUGCACUGGUAGUUCCGUGA